AUGGAUCGCCGAAAGACCUUUGCUGAUUCGACAGUCUCUAAUACAGGUAGUAAUAUAAAAGGACUACAAUUAUUUAUUGCUGAUCUAAGGGCAUCCCAACAAUCAGAAGAUCAACUAAAGAGAAUUCACUCUGAAAUUGUAAAGAUAAAACAACAUUUCAAUACUUCUAAUAAAAAAGGAACAUCUAAUGGACGUAUACUGAAUAAUGAUAAAUUUGAUGGGUAUCAACGGAAAAAGUACGUAGCCAAAUUGGCAUACAUAUAUAUCACAUCCAAUACCACUAUGCUUAAUGAUAUUCUUUUUGGAUUGGAUGAAGUCGUUAAAUUAAUUAAAUCAAAUAUAUUUUCUGAAAAAUUUAUAGGGUAUAUGACAUUAGAACUUUUAUAUAGGCACAAAAUAGUUGUCGAAAGAGUUAAUGAUGAGGUUGUAAUACAACUGAUAAAUGAUAUUUCAAGUUCCAAAGAUGAUUUCACAGAAUUGGGGUUAAAUUUUGUUGGUGUCACAGGUACACUUACUAAGGCUCUUGCAUCAAAUCAAGAUCUAGUAUCGGAAGUUUUUCAGGUAUUAAGAUCACCAACUUCAUCCUUAUAUUUAAAGAAAAAAUCGACAUUGGCAUUUUUAACUUUAUUGAAAAGUAAAAAUUCAAUUUUAGCAGAUGAUCUCCAACGUAAACAAUUGUGGAUUCAAAGAAUUCUAAGUUUGUUGGAUGAUACAGAUAAUUAUAGAUUGACGCUCACAACGUUACCUUUGGUAGAAUACAUUGCUAAAAAUAUCGAUCCUUCAUUUUUUACGAGAUUAGUUCCUCAAUUAAGUGACAUAUUAUACAAAUGUGUGGUGAUCGGCGGAUCUAACACUGGAAGAAGUUCCUUUCCAGAUGAAUAUAAAUUUGCAAAUAUGCCAAACCCGUGGUUAAUUACCAAAAUUGUAUCUUUACUGAAUGUUCUUAUAAUAUCGCCAUCUGAAACUGAAGAUAAUAAUGGUUUGUUCGAAUCCAGUUUACUGCAUACAGAUAAUAUUGAUUGUGAAACUUUGGGACGGUUAAGAAUGUGUGUUAUGGAGACUAUUAAUUUGGGUACGAGAAGGACUUCUGAUCCAAUGGAAAAAACAGUUCAGAAUACAAUCCUUUUUUCCCUAAUAAAUUUUGCCUCUAAAUUGGAUCCAUCUCAUGAGGCUAUUGUUAACUCGGCAACCGCUUUAUGUGAGCUUUUGAACUCAAAUGAUAUCAAUGUUAGAUAUCUAACUUUAGAUUCUCUAAUUAGAUUAUGUUCCUUCAGUGGGAAGACGGCCUUUGAUAGUAUCCGUGGUAAAAAUUUAGAUCUUAUUUUCCAUAUAUUGAAUAGUGAAAGAGAUUCCUCGAUCAUUAGGAAAGUUGUUGAUUUGUUGUAUACUUUUACUGAUAUUGAUAAUGUGAAAACUAUUGUAGAGCAACUGUUAAGUUUUAUCCUCAGCUCUAAGCAUUUGUCAGACCCCCAUCUUAAAUCAGAUAUUGUUAUUAAAGCAGCAAUUUUAACUGAAAACUUCUCAAUAGAUCCUAGUUGGUAUGUCAGUAUCUCGUUGAAGAUAUUAUCUUUAUCUGUCAAUACCUCCACAAAGGAUGAAGAAAUAUGGAGAAGAUUAUGUCAAAUUGUUGUGAAUAACCCACAAUUACAAGUUUUAACGUGUCAAAAGUUGAUAGAAUAUUUACGUUCCAAUCAGACAUCUGAAUAUAUUGUUAAAGUUGCUGCUUUUAUACUGGGUGAAUAUACAUAUAUGAUAUCAGAUAAUGUUCCAAUUCCCGACUUAUUUAAUAUAUUUACUGAAAAGUAUUUUACUUUGCAAAAUGGAACAAAAGCCAUGAUACUUACCACGAUGAUAAAAUUAUAUAAAUGUCAGCCUGAUAUUGGGUCCGCAGUAAUCAAAUUCUAUCAAUUAGAAUUAAAUUCACUAGAUAUUGAACUGCAAACACGUUCAUAUGAAUAUCUUAAAUUAAUUCAAAUAUCGAAGAUGAGUCAAAAUUUGGAUUUAUUGGAUACAUUGUUCCAACCAUUACCUCCUUUUAAUAAUAAAUCUAACCCAUUAUUAAAGAGAUUAGGUAGUCUUCCAGUUGCCUCGCUAUCUACGAUGGCGUUAUCCUCGAGUCGUAGUAGGAGUUCGAGUAUGAUAUUAAAGAAUACUUCGAAUGAUGAAUCAGAUAAUGGUAACAUAAUGCAAACAACAUCACAAGGUACAGACGUAACUGUAGUCCCGCGUCCACCUCCAUCAAGAAAGACCAGAUCAUCUUCAACAUUUUCGGAGUUGCUAAACAAAAAUCCAGUAGUAGAUAUAAAAUAUGGUGAACUAAAAUUAUCAAAUAAUUGGAGAGAGGGCUCUUCAAGAAUGUUUCAAUUUAACCAAGGUAUCUUAUUAUCUUCUCCGUUACUUAAGAUUUUAUAUAAAAUCUUGGUUCUUGAGCCUACCAAAUUGGAAAUUACCUUGACGUUUGUAAAUCAAACCGAAUGGGAUAUCAGUGCAUUAACAAGUGAAAUAAUAGCAUCGCGUACAAAUAAUAAUCCAGAAUAUUUCUUACAAAAUAUUCAACCACCAGGGAGUCCAAUGAUUAUUCCUCACCGUAAAGUGGAACAAAAAUUUGAAAUUGUGAUAAGAAAACCAUUUUCUUGUAAUGAGGCUCCUGUUGCUAGUAUAUAUUUCAAAUGUGGUGGUAGUGUGAAUACCUUAAAUUUGAGAAUGGGAUUGGGUGUAACUAGUACUUUAAGCACUAAUGGCGCUGUAACUUUAACACAAUUUGUUAAGCGUUGGAAAACAUUGAGUGACGCAAUGGGUAAAGAAGGUGAAUAUCAAUCUAAUGAUAUUGUUGUGAGUUUAUUUGGGAAUGAUACCCCAGACACCAAUCUUACAAAACUUACAAAUAUUAUCAUGAAAAUGGGAUUUGAUGUAGUGGAACAAACUACGUUGUCACAAACGUUAUUUCUAGCAGGUAUCGUUCAUACUAAGACAGAUGGAAAUUUUGGUUGUCUGUUGAAAUUGUCAUAUUUAGACACAGGAAAACUGAAUAUUACAUGUAAGACUACUACUGGAGGACCAUUGGCACAAUAUAUUGUUGAUUGUAUCAUUUUUGCGAUAAACAAAUAA